AUGACACAACUUCCUUCCCUUUCCUUUACCCUCCUAUUUGCAUUAACGCGGGUAGGAUCUGCAGCCGCCUACUACUCCCAAAUAUGUCCCGUGACCACCGUGGUGGAAUUGAUCGAAAUCAAGAAUGAAUCCACUUCCAUUACGGAAUAUCAUUACCAACAAACGAAUCAGGAAAUUGGAAGCAACACAACCGCCAUUUUUAGAGAAUGCCAAUGUCCUGGACCCAUCAAACACGAUCCCUUUGUAUGUCCCUAUCACACCAAUCUCUGUGCGAUUCCAGUCGAUGUCAACGAUUCCGUCUUGUGUUUUGAAGACGAUGCGUCUACUGUACUCGUAAGAAAUAUUUGGCCGUUGGUGUGCCUCUGGUAUAUAUUCCUGUGUUUGCUAUGCUUUUCCUACAAGGGACGACACGCCAUUACUUAUUGCGUCCAACGGUGUUUUCCCAAUACCAACGGCAUGUUGGUCGAUCGAAUUUUGGAACAUCACAAUACGAUUCGCUUGCAUUACAUGAACUUUUGGAAUGCCAAUCAUCCAAACGCGAACGCCUCAAAUGAAGAGGAAUGCGGAGAAUUGAUUCUCAAAACCAAAGCCUACAAGGCAGAAGAACACGUCAAAUUGGAAGAUAAUCUACAAGAUUUGGAGGAAGACGAUCCCUCUAUUUGUUGCACCAUUUGUUUUGGACCCUUGCAAGAGGGAGAUCGAAUUGCUUCUCUAGAAUGCAAACACAUUUUUCAUGUCGAAUGCAUCAAGGGAUGGGUUCAACGAAAGAAUACGUGUCCACUCUGUGCGACGCAAAUUGCCAAGCCACGCAAACCAAGUGCAAGUGCAAGUGCAAGCAAUUCAAAUACGGCGGCAGUUCAAAAUGAUGAUACUGCAGAAUUAGAGUCCAAUGCAGUAUAG